AUGACCGGACAACUCUCCUCUCCUUCGAGGCGGUCCUCGCUAGCCAAGAGGGCCAUGUCCCUCGCUACCGCCGCCCUCGCGCUCACUUCGCGUGCAUCCGCCGCAAAUCUGGCUGGUACCUACCAGACUGUCAACAACAACUCGCUUGCAUCCGCCAUGAUGCUCGGUGUCAUGGACGAGGACAACGUCUUCAUCCUCGACAAGGCUGAAAAUAACACGGCCCGUCUCAAUGAUGGCAGUCACGUCUGGGGUUCGUUCUACAAGCUUUCCGACAACUCAGUCACUGGUGCGAAAGUCCAGACCAACACCUUCUGCGCCUCCGGCGCUACGCUCGGAAAUGGUUCUUGGCUCGUUGCCGGUGGAAAUCAGGCCGUCGGUUAUGGUGGUGCUGCCCAGGCUCAGAACCUUAAUCCUUACUCCGACUAUGACGGCACCAGAGCCAUUCGUCUACUCGAGCCUGGCUCGCAAACUUGGAUCGAUUCGCCCAGUACAACUGUCGCACAGGUAAACAUGCUCCAGUCGACCCGUUGGUACCCGGGUAUCGAGGUUCUCGAGGACGGCAGUGUCAUCGUCAUCGGUGGUGCUAACUCGGGUGGGUACAUCAACCGCAACACUCCCACCACCGACACUGUCUACCAAAAUGGAGGUGCCAACCCCACCUACGAGUACUUCCCCUCUAAAUCGAACGCCAACGGUAACCUCCCCAUCUGCAACUUUAUGAGUCAGACCAACGGGCUCAAUAUGUACCCGCACACCUAUCUCAUGCCCUCUGGCAAGAUCUUCAUGCAGGCAAACGUCAGCACCGUCCUCUGGGACCACCAGAACAAUGUGCAGACCAAUCUUCCCGACAUGCCCGGCGGAGUUGUCCGCGUCUACCCCGCUUCGGGUGCGACCGCCAUGCUUCCUCUCACCCCUCAAAAUCAAUACACACCCACCAUCCUCUUCUGUGGUGGAAGCGUCAUGAGCGAUCAGAUGUGGGGCAACUACAGCGGUCCUGGAGGCAACAUUCUCGGCCUCACCGCCUCGGCUGACUGCUCCUCCAUCUCCCCCGAGGACAACCAGGGUAACCAGGUCUCUAAUGCGCAGUACGUUCAAGAAGAGACCUUGCCCGAAGGCCGUUCCAUGGGUCAAUUCAUCCACCUUCCCGACGGCACCAUGGUCAUCGUCAACGGUGCCAACAAGGGCACCGCCGGUUACUCGAAUCAGACGUGGAAUCAGGUCCAGUACAACGGUCAGAACGUCAACACUGAGGGGCUUUCGCAGGAUCCCACUUAUCUUCCCGUCCUCUACGACCCGUCCAAGCCCAAAGGCCAGCGUUUGACCAGGGCCGGCUUCAAAGCCUCCACCAUCGCUCGUCUCUAUCACUCGAGCGCCGUGCUGCUUCCCGACGGCUCCGUCAUGAUCGCCGGCUCCAACCCGCACCAGGAUGUCUCGCUCGACAUGCCUAUCGGCAUCACUCCCCAGGCCUUUAACACCACCUACGAGAUCGAGAAGUGGUACCCUCCUUACUGGGAUGAGCCCCGCCCUUACCCGCAGGGCGUUCCCGAUUCUGUCCUUUAUGGCGGCAACCCCUUCAACAUCACCGUCAACGGCACCUUCAUGGGCGAUUCGGCUAACGCCAAGGCUGCCAACACUAAGUUUGCCAUCAUCCGUCCUGGCUUCUCGACCCACGCCAUGAACAUGGGUCAGCGCGCCGUCUACCUCGACUACACCUACACUGUCAACGACGAUGCUUCCGUCACCUACAUGGUCAACCCUUUGCCCAACACCAGAGCGAUGAACCGCCUCUUGGUGCCUGGUCCCGCCUUCUUCUACGUCACCGUAGCCGGCGUGCCAAGCUACGGUAAGAUGGUCAUGGUCGGCACCACGCCAACAGGCACCGGCAACGUCCCCUUCACUGCCGCCCUCGGAUCGGCAUUGGUCUCGCUGCCUGCCGCUGUCAACAGCACGAAAUUCACUGCCAACAUCUCCAGGACUGGCGGUUCGUCGUCGUCUGACUUUGGCCUCGGCAAGAUCAUUGGCAUCGCUGUCGCAGGUGCUGCUGUCCUGGCCCUCAUCGCUCUUGGCUGCUGCCUGUGGAGGCGCAAGGGCAGGAACAACAACGAGAAGGUCGCUUCGCGCCAGUCGGCUGCUCCUUGGACCAGCCGAGACCUUGGCUCUGGUCCAGAGUACAAGCGUGUCGACACACCUGUCGGAUCGGUCAGUGGCGGACGCUUCGGUGCCGCGAGGAUGGACAGCUCAAACACAUUCGAGAGCUACCGCAUGCACGACCAGGCGAGCACCAUGGAAAGCAAAGAGGGGCACGGCGGCUACUACGACCAGCCUCGCAGUGGCAGCCGUGGAGGUUACGCUGCCAGCCCGCUCGCGUACGACCAGCACACUCGCGGCAGCUCGCAAGGCCAGUACUCGCAGCAGGGCUGGGGUGAGUACCACGCGGGCGAUGCCGGCGCGUACUACGAAGACAACAGAUAUGGCGGCGGUGGCGGCGGACACAGUUACGACGACUACCCGCCGCAGCAGUACCACCAGCAGCAGCAGUACCAAUCGCAAACGCCGCAGCAGCCAUACUAUGACAACUCGCGUCAUCAACAACAAGGCAGCUACUCUAGCCGGCGCUGA